AUGUCAAGAUCUCAUUGGUUUCUUUCCAUUACUAUUCCACGGAGGCGGCCAUUGUAGAAAACACCGGCAAACGGCUGGUGCCAUAGAAAAACCUGCCAAUAUGGCCCUCUAAUUGUGGACAGUACACCACAUUGGUGUUUGAGUCAAAAUGUUGUUCAAAAUACACACCUCAGCCAAGUUGGUCAGUUUAGGAUCUAGUGUGAAAAAUCUUUCUCUACGAUGUUGUCGUGGUUUGAAGAACCCAGCAAGAUCUUUUUCUCAAAAAGCCGAACAGGAAGCACCCAAAGGAACUCCCUAUAGCAAACUAACAAUUGGAGUUCCUAAGGAAAUCUUCAAAAAUGAGCGUCGAGUGGCCAUGUCACCAGCCACCGUAACCACAUUAACAAAGAAAGGAUUUAAUAUAAACAUUGAAGAAAAUGCAGGCAUUGAGGCAAAGUUCCUAAAUGAAGAUUAUGCCAAGGCAGGGGCUAAAGUCAUCUCCAAAAAAGAGGCUUUUGAGUCGGACAUCGUGCUCAAAGUCAGGGCACCUUUAACUGAAGAGAUUGCUAACUUCAGAAGUGAUUCAACCUUGAUCAGUUUUGUCUAUCCCAAGCAAAACCCAGAUCUCGUGAAACAGCUGGCAGAGAAAAACCUGAAUGUGUUUGCUAUGGACAUGAUUCCCCGUAUCAGCAGAGCUCAGGUUUUUGAUGCCCUGAGUUCGAUGGGUAACAUUGCUGGAUAUAAGGCUGUGGUAGAGGCAGCUAACAACUUUGGAAGGUUCUUUACAGGUCAGAUCACAGCUGCUGGUAAAGUCCCCCCUGCCAAAGUGUUUGUGAUUGGAGGAGGCGUGGCUGGUCUAGCAUCCAUCGGCACUGCCAAGGCCAUGGGGGCUGUUGUGAGAGCUUAUGAUGUCAGACCUGCUGCUCGUGAACAAAUUGAAUCUCUUGGUGGCCAGUUCUUGGAAGUGGAUGUGACGGAAUCGGGAGCUGGAGAAGGAGGGUAUGCCAAGGACAUCAGUGAGAUGUCCCAGGAAUUUCAAGAUGCCCAGAAAGCUCUGUAUGCCAAACAGUGCGAGGAAUGCGAUGUUGUAAUCACCACUGCUCUGGUACCUGGCAAACCCGCCCCCAAACUUGUGUCGAAGGCUGUGGUUGAUAGAAUGAAGCCUGGCUCUGUGAUAGUGGAUCUUGCAGCUGAAGCUGGUGGGAACUUUGAGACCACAAGGCCGGGAGAAUUAUACAAAUACAACGAUGUGACGCACAUUGGAUAUACUGAUUUGCCUAGUCGACUUCCAACUCAGUCCAGUACCCUAUACUCUAACAAUAUCUCCAAAUUUCUUCUAUCCAUUGGUUCGAAAGACCAUUUUUACAUCAACUUAGAUGAUGAGGUUGUGAGAGGAUCCAUUGUCAUACAAAAUGGACAAAUUCUUCCCCCGGCUCCCCCACCCAAACUGGAUGCUGCUGCACCACAGGCUGCCCCCGUUAAAAAGGAUCCCCCUCCACCGCCCAGCAAGUUUCAGACCACCAUGCAGGACGCAGUGAUGUAUUCUGCUGGUCUGGGGAGCGUUGUGGGAAUUGGUUGUAUUUCUCCUAGUCCUGUCUUUAUGUCUAUGGUUACAACAUUUGGAUUGGCUGGUAUAGUUGGUUACCACACAGUGUGGGGUGUCACACCAGCUCUUCACUCCCCACUAAUGUCUGUCACUAAUGCUAUCUCUGGAAUCACAGCUGUUGGAGGGCUUCUUCUGAUGGGUGGUGGAUACACUCCCACAAACACCAUAGAGUCCUUAUCAGCCAUUGCAGCUUUCAUCUCCUCCAUUAACAUUGGAGGUGGAUUCACAGUCACACAGAGAAUGUUGGAUAUGUUUAAAAGACCAACUGACCCCCCUGAGUAUAACAAGUUAUACGCCAUUCCUGGAGGAGUGCUGUUAGGGUCUUACGGUUAUGCUGCCUCUACCAACAUGUUCCCAGACAUCCAUCAAGCCACAUAUUUGGCGGCCUCUCUCUGCUGUGUGGGCGCUCUUACUGGCCUGUCCUCACAGACCACCAGUAGGAUAGGAAGUGCCUUGGGAAUGAUUGGUGUGUCAUCUGGUGUAGUAGCCACUCUGGGUUUGCUAAAACCAACUCCAGAAAAUUUCAUGCAGAUGGCAGCUUGCAUGGGAGCAGGUGGUUUGAUUGGUGUGGUUGGAGGUAAGAAUGUUGAGGUGACAGACCUUCCCCAGAUGGUGGCUUUAUUCCACAGCCUGGUUGGAGCUGCUGCUGUGCUGACCUGCUUUGCUAACUAUAUGUUGGAGCAGCCUCACUUUGCUACUGACCCGGCAGCAAACGUAAUCAAGACAUUCCUCUUCUUGGGAACCUACAUUGGAGGUGUCACCUUCACAGGUUCACUGGUUGCUUUCGGAAAACUGCAAGGUGUUCUGAAGUCCGACCCCCUGCAUCUCCCGGGCAGACAUGGCCUUAAUUUGGGGAUGUUGCUGGGGAAUGUUGGAGCUAUGGGCUAUUACAUGAUGACAGAUGAUCCCACCACUCAGUUGGCCUGUCUUGGGGCCACCACCACUCUCUCCAGCAUCAUGGGGGUCACUCUCACAGCUGCUAUUGGAGGAGCUGACAUGCCUGUCGUAAUCACUGUUCUGAACAGUUACUCUGGCUGGGCACUGUGUGCUGAGGGAUUCAUGUUGAACAAUAACUUGAUGACAAUUGUGGGAGCCAUGAUUGGAUCAUCUGGAGCUAUCUUGUCUUACAUCAUGUGUGUGGCCAUGAACAGAUCUUUGACCAAUGUUAUCUUGGGAGGCUAUGGCACAAAGUCCACUGGUACCGGUAAACCGAUGGAGAUCACAGGAACACACACAGAGCUUGAUGUCGCAGGAGCUGUAGAGAUGAUUACAGAAUCUAGAAACAUCAUCAUCACUCCCGGAUACGGACUCUGUGUGGCCAAGGCUCAGUAUCCCAUCGCUGAAAUGGUGGAAUUCCUCAAAAAGAAAGGAAUCAACUGCAGAUUUGGAAUCCAUCCAGUCGCAGGUCGUAUGCCCGGUCAGCUGAAUGUGUUGUUGGCAGAAGCUGGAGUACCUUAUGACAUUGUGCUGGAAAUGGACGAGAUUAACGAUGACUUCCCCGAGACUGACCUUGUGCUGGUCAUUGGAGCUAACGACACAGUGAAUUCAGCAGCUGAGGAGGAUCCCAACUCCAUCAUCGCAGGCAUGCCCGUCCUGAGAGUCUGGGGAUCGAAACAUGUGAUUGUGAUGAAGAGAACACUUGGAGUAGGUUAUGCAGCAGUAGACAACCCUAUCUUCUUCAAAAACAACACCAGCAUGUUGCUAGGAGAUGCCAAGAAAACUUGUGAUGCCUUACUGACAAAGAUUAAAGAACACUAUGGAGAAGCUUAAUACCAGGGAACAUUAGAUACUGGUUUCAAUCGGUGUAUUUGAAUUUUAUGAAACAGGUGUAGGCAUGUUCCAAUUAGGAGUUUGAUUUGAAAUUGACAGUGCCAGAUAUUUUGAUAUAGAUAAUACACUUAUUGCUAUCUACAUGGAUUCUUCUUUUAUGUUUUCAAAAAAAAAAAUAUGACAUGGUAUUUACUAGAUACUAGCCAUGUGCCAAAAUCGUUUUCUGUAUACAUGCAAAUAUUUUUACAGUCAAACAGUGUGAAAAGUGACAAAAUGUGCUGACAGAUCUGAGUUUUAUUGACAGAAUAAAAACCUUUUCAGUAUU